UUUCUGGUGUCAUGUCAGCUUGCAUAACCGGCAGCAUGCUUUAGUUCUGCGGUUAUUUAAUUUGAACUUGUAAUAUUAUAAUGAAAAUAUGAACAAUAAGAAUAUCUUAUCAGUCGAUUGAAGAGCAGUUCUUAAUAUCUGAAGAAAUGGCAGAUGCUGUCGAGGAAAAAAGUCGAGGGCUCAGGUUCGCCGAACAACAACUGCUUCGACACGGUUGGGAACAAGGAAAAGGUCUUGGCAGGGAUGAGAAUGGAAUUUCAGAAGCCAUACAAGUCAAAGUGAAAUGUGACAAGGGAGGGGUUGGUCAUAGUCAGGGGGAGCAGUUCACCUUCCACUGGUGGGACCACAUCUUCAACAAGGCCUCCUCCAACCUGGUAGUGGAGUCUGACCAGGAUGGUAUUAAGGUGAAGAAGGUCAUGGGCGAGGAAGAGGAGGGUAUGAUAUCCAACAAGAAGCCCCGCAAAGCAGAGCUGGCCAAGGCCAAGCUCUAUGGACGCUUCGUCAAGUCAGGCACCCUUUGGUCAGAACAAGCAGACAACAAGCCUUCCUCUUCAGAGGACAGCAGUGAAUCAGAGGAUGAGGACCAAAGACUAGACCUCUCUUCCACCACCAAGCUGUCUGAUGAAGCUCUUGUGAAGGCUUGUGGGGGACGCACUGCACACAAAGGAGCCAGGCAUGGCCUCACCAUGAGUGCUAAGCUAGCCAGGCUGGAGCAACAGGAACUGGAGUUUCUGGCAAAGUACGGCAAGAAGAGCCAAACUCCAAAUAUCACCAGCGGUGAGACCAUCUCCAACUCUGUUGCUCUUAGUCCCAAGGGAGAAGAGCCUGAGACGGAUGAGGGCAUGGGCAAGAAGAAGAAGAAGAAAAAAAACAAGAGAAAUAAAAUAUGUGAGGAUGAAGCAGGGAGAGUGGUGAAAGAGGAUACGCAAGCAACUGCACUUCCUAAAAGGGACGAGCUGGCCAUUGUUCCAGAAAAGAGGAGGGGGCCCUCUAAGGAGAAGCAUGAGACUGUGGUUGAAGGACAAUCGAGCAUUCCUAGUUCCACCCAGAAAAUCUACAAAAAGAAAAAACAUUCAGUUAAGGAGGAGACAUCGAUAGGAGAAGGAGAAAACUGUGGUUCUGAGUCUGGGGUAAAAACGAGUAUGAGUGUCUUUACAGAGCUGGCGGGGGAGCAUGCUUUGAUUCCUGAGGUAAACGGUGACAAAAAAGUUCACAAAAAGAAGAAACAUACCAAGAAUAAAGUAGCGCCAUCUGUGGAAAUAGACUGCAGCAAUGGUGCAGAAUCAAACAAGGCAGAGACUGUUCCCAAAAAGAAGAGGAAAGUUUGCAGUGAUACGAACAUCCUACAGCUUCAGCAAGAGGAGAAGCAGAAUGCACAACAAGUGGAGAAAAGGAAGAAAAAAAGAGCAUGUGAAGUGCAGGAGAAGGUGGAAGAUGGUGGAGAAGAUGAGGUCAGGGCCGUUAAAAAAAAAAAAAAAAAAAAAGGACUCGUGAGCCUGAACAUCAUUGACUGAAAAGGGGCUAGGAAAUGGGAAGUGGAAGGAAAGAGUGUUUAAAAAAAAAAAAAAUUAUUCAGCUGUAGCUCUGUGCCAUUACAUUACAUUACAUUACAUUACAUUACGUUAAUGGCUCUUAUCCAGAGCGACGUACAGUUGUUUAGACUAAGCAGGAGACAAUCUACCCCUGGAGCAAUGCAGGGUUAAGGGCCUUGCUCGAGGGCCCAACGGCUGUGUGGAUCUUAUUGUGGCUCCACCGGGGAUCGAACCACCGACCUUGCGAGUCCCAGUCCUUUACCUUAACCACUACUCUACAGGCUGCACUGUCCCUCCCAUAUCCUUGGAGCUCUAAGACGGACUGCCUUACAUAGCUCUGAGACAGGUUAUAGUUGGGUCAUAUAUAGAAACAGCAGAAUGACAUUGUUCUGUUAGAAAUUAAAACAGGACUUUGAGUUGAGACUGAACUGUUGGGUCAAGCUGUGUAUUGGUUUGCCCAAUAUAAUUGCAAUUUCUGCAUUGGUUUUGUGCCAAAGUGGGCAGCCAUGGCUCUCAGUGUUUUUAUUCACUUCAACUACUCAGCAAAUUGUCCAAUGCUAUGAAAUAUAAAGUUAGUUUUUAAAAUAACAGUGUUUAAAAUGAAUUGGUGUUAAAAUAAAUUUCCAAUGUGUACAGCUAAGAUAAUGCUCAUUUGAAGGUCAUUAUUUUAGAUUGUCCAGUAUUAGAGGAUUUCUUUAUUCAGAUGUUUCAAUUCUGCUCCAUCUCUGGUCCUGAUAGUGUUGGAUAUGUUGUGAGUCAGUGAUUACGGUAGUUUGCCAUGUCUAAUGGGAUCUUUGCACCGUUAACUCCUGUCGUGUUCUGUUCACUUUCUUCCAGUUCAGGGUGAGGCAGGCCUGGAUGAAGCUAUAUUUAUGCCUCUCAUCUAUGAAAUAAGACAAAGCCUUCAUUUGGCUCUAAUGAACUCUGUCUUCCUGGACAGCAUGGCCUUUUUUUAAAACAAUAAAAUAGAUUUUUAUCUGA